UCUUCUCUUCUUUACACGCUCUCUGGUCCAACCAGACCUGUUUAGGGAAGUUAAAUUGCUCAUGCGCACAAGUCACAUGCUGUCAUGAGACGUUUAGCUGAAACACAAUUGUAGUGGCUUUGAUGACAAAAUGAAGGGUUUGUUUCUGUUUCUCGGGUUAUUGUGUGUGUCAGUCUCCAGAAAUGAUGCCCAGGAACGGCUCCAAGUGUUCGUCAUUCCUCACAGUCAUAUGGAUGUCGGCUGGGUGUACACGGUUCAGGAGAGCAUGCACGCCUAUGCCAGCAACGUGUACACCACUGUCGUUGAGGAGCUUUCACGGGUGAAGGAUCGCAAAUUCAUCGCAGUUGAGCAGGAGUUCUUCCGACUUUGGUGGGACACCACAGCAUCACAGUGGCACAAGAAACAGGUGAGACAGCUGCUGCAGGAGGGACGUCUGGAGUUCAUUAUUGGUGGUCAGGUGAUGCAUGACGAAGCAGUGACAGAUAUUGAUGACGCUAUCCUCCAGCUGACAGAGGGACAUGGCUUCCUGUAUGAAACAUUUGGGGUCAGGCCUCAUUUCUCUUGGCAUGUUGACCCAUUUGGUGCCUCUGCUACCACUCCAGUCCUUUUCGCUCUGGCUGGAUUUGAUGCUCAUCUCAUCUCCCGCAUUGACUAUGAUCUCAAAGAUGACAUGCAGAAGAAUAAGAAACUGCAGUUUGUUUGGAGAGGAUCUUCUUCUUUGGGGAGGACCCAGGACAUUUUCACACACACUAUGGACCAAUACAGUUAUUGCACACCAUCCUACCUCCCCUUCUCAAACAGGUCAGGGUUUUAUUGGAAUGGAGUAGCCAUGUUUCCAGACCCCCCUAAAGAUGGAGUUUACCCUAACAUGAGCCUUCCGGUCACAAAGGACACUUUGGAGCCUUAUGCCCAGACCAUGGUGAAAAACAUCAAACAAAGGGCCCAGUGGUUCCAGACCAACCAUGUUCUCUGGCCUUGGGGCUGUGAUAAGCAGUUCUACAAUGCCUCAGUACAGUUCACAAAUAUGGAUGUGUUGAUGAACUACAUUAAUAAGCACAGUGAGGAGUUUGGAGUGACAGUUCAGUAUGCCACGCUCAAAGACUAUUUCCAAGCUGUUCACCAAUCAAAUCUGUCGUGGGAGGUGAGGGGAAGCCAAGACUUCCUCCCUUAUUCCACUGAACCAUUCCAGGCAUGGACAGGGUUCUAUGCCUCCAGAAAUGUUCUAAAAGGAGUUGCAAGAAGAGCCAGUUCCCUUCUCCAUUCUGCAGAGUCUUUGUUUGUUCGAUACCGGAUCAGGUACCCGGAUGGCCCUGUCCAGAAAGAAUGGGCCCUGGAUAAGCUUAAGGCCCUCAGAUGGGCUGUCUCUGAGGUUCAGCACCAUGAUGGUAUCACAGGUACAGAGUCACCCAAAGUAGCUGAUAUGUACAUGGAUCACCUCACACAAAGUAUGAUGAGCGUAGAAGAGCUUCUGGCAGCCAUGUUUCUUCUCCCUCAGGACCUUGCCAUUUCUAGUGCCAACACAGAAAGCAAAGAGCCAUCAAGUGACCUUGAGCAGCACAUCAUUGUGUACAACCCACUUGCUUGGAAUAUAACAACGUACAUCAAUGUUUCUGUAAAAUACCCAAUGGCACUUGUGUCCGAUGAUAACGGGUUAGCAGUCCCAGCUCAGAUCCAGCCCUCAGCAGAGUCGGUAGCUGACUACGACCUUUUCAUUGUGGUGGAACUGGGUGGCCUUCAAUACAGAAAAUACCUCAUCCAGUUUCCACAGUCAAAGUGUAACAAGGGUUCUAGCUGUGGGCUGACUCAUGCAGCCAGAGUGGUGACGUUUGAGACUCGGAACGUUAGCAAAUGGAAGAAGACAGGUAGAAGACUUUUGCCUGUGCUAAAUGAAUGCUACAAGCUGCUGUUUGACCAGGAGACUAACCUGCUACACAGUAUUACAGAUAGGUUUGAAAAGAGAAAAGUUAGGAUUCGCCAAGACUUCUGGGAGUAUGAGGCCAAUGGAGAUGUGCACACUGGGCCCAUCUCUGACAACUACAUCUUCACAGCCAAUGAGUUGGCAGUUCUUGCUUACAAAUCUGUUGCAAUGCAGAUAAUUCCUGGAAAAAUCAUUUCUGAGGUCCGCCAGUAUUUUUACAGGGAGGAAUCGGAUAAGAACUACACCUACUCCAUGAUCACCCGGGUUCCAGUGGGCUUCAAAGACAGGAUACUGUGUCAGAGGCUGGAUCAGAGCUAUGGGAUGGGUCCCUUAGUGGUGAACAAAGAAGCUGUACUCAGAACCACCACUAGUCUGAGCAACAAUAGGACGAUAUACACGGACAACAAUGGCUACCAGAUGCUGAAGAGGGAGUACAAGCAGUAUAUCAACAAUUCAGUAUCUCGAAACUACUACCCAAUGGUACGAGAAGCCUACAUUGAAGAUGACUCCAGCAGACUGGCCCUGCUCAGUGAGAGAGCACAUGGAGUGGCUAGUCUUGGCCAGGGCCAGAUGGAGGUGAUGCUUCAUAGGCGGCUGUGGAACAACCAAGAGUGGAAUCUGGGCUAUAACCUGACCCUGAACGACUCCUCUGUGGUACAGCCAGUUCUAUGGAUGAUGUUGGGCUCUCCUGCUGCCAUGGCAACCCUCAGUCAGCAGGGGGCACUAUAUCUACAACACAGACCUGUGGUCCUGCCCAUUGAUAAGCCUCAGAGACCAUGGAUUGUACGAGAGAGGUGGGAUGGCCCCACUGUCCAGCCUGUGGUUUUGCCUCCAAAUCUUCACUUGCAGUAUCUCAGUAUCCCUGGAUGGUGCUAUGGCCCAAGUCACGUCCAGCACCUCCAGAACCUCAACUUGGGGGGAGAAGGUAAGCCUGAAAAAGACUUUGACCGGGUCCUCUUAAGGAUUACUCACUUGUUUGAAGAAGGAGAGGACCCUGUCCUGGCCAAACCCACCACCAUCAACCUGAAGGAAGUCAUGCAGGGCUUAGGUGAAGUGAAGACUGUGCAGGAACGCUCCCUCACAGGAACCUGGGAUAUCUCAGACCUCCAGAGAUGGAACUGGAGGACUACAGAGAAUACAGAGAACUCCAGCUCCUUCACACAUGUAACCACGGACUUCAGUGUAACCAUCUCACCAAAACAGAUCAGAACCUUCUUCAUUUACUUUAAAUAGAUCAAGUUGUGUUUGUGGUUAAGUGUUGUAAUUUUUUUUUUGUUUGUUUUUUUUUUCCUCUGAAUUGAGACACAUCAUUUUGUUAAUGUUUGCACCACUUUUUAGAGAACAGUGGUUUCAGAAAGCCUUAAGGAGGAAUUCCUUUUUCCAUUUUCACAAAUUCAGUCGUUAAGAUGUGGUUUGAUCUGAAAUGCACCAUUGUACAGAAACUUGUUCAGAAUUGUUUGCAGCGAGGAUGAUGGGGGAAAAGUGUAUAAUGCAUCUAAAAGCUACCUCACAAAAAGCUAUUACCUGAACUGGUUACAGAUAUUCUGCCUGAUGCUGCAGACAUUGGUUUGCCAUAGUUUUUACCUCAAAUUUUCCCCGCAGCUGUAUUUAAACUCUUCAUGUUGGCAAGAUUCACACGGGGUACUGUAUGACAAAACACAACCCCAUGAAACUUACUUUUCAGUUGGUGUACAUUCACUGCUCAUUUUGGGUAGUUAAUAAAAUGGCUGUAUUAGUGUUUGACUCCUGGUUCCUGUCACCACUUUUAUAAACAAAUGCAAAGUGGUAGGUUUCUCUACAAUAUACCAUUUUGCAUUAAAUCACAGUGAAUGACUUUGUUUACGUCUCAAGAAUUAAAUUAUACAGAAAUUUGGAAGAAUCGAUAGAAUACUCCUUUACAUAUGUGCAAAAUAAUUUGCUAAAUCUAAGCAGGUGACAUUUACUGAUUUAAAAAAAAAUGGCAACAUGGCAUGUAUAGCCUCUUCUGUCUUCUGAGAAGACUAUGCAGAAUGAUUUUUCUUAUUGUGACAAUCAUGUAAAAAUCAGGUAAAUAUGAGAUUUACAUUUUAAAAUGUUGAAAUGCAUUGAUUAUUUUUGUGCAGUCUUGUACCGUGCUAGCUUUUGUAUAUCAGUAUACAAUAAAAUGAUUGUGUUGGAUUAACUGAAAA